AUUUCUGAUAACUUUUUCUUGACUUACAAUUUUGCAUUGCAAGUAGUGCGAAAAUCUGCUUCGCCCCUGUGUAAAAAAGAUCCGUACGAGAAACCAGUGCUCAAGCAUAAUCGACUGUCAUAGUAAAGUAAGUAAACUGGAAACUAAUUUUUCUAGUAAAUCGACUUGAAAAUAAAAUAAAAAAUUCAAGAAAGUUUUUCAAUUUUGUUUAUUGCAGAAUGUUUUUUGAAAUUUUUGAUUCCAAAAAAGGCGCAAUCAAACUGGACUUUACUCGAGUUAAACUAAGUUUUACGGCUUAACUUAUUUUUAGGUUUUCAGGGCCUUGAAAUAAGCUAUUGUAAGCCUGCUUGAUCGCUUUUUUUGAUCGAAUUCAGACGAAAAAUCGAAAUUGUCCACCCGGUUUUUCUUGACACUGUGAAGUAUUUCUCGAAUGACGACUGAAAGGGCUCUAAUAUGAUAUAUUAGACUUUCUUCAAUGAUUAAUUGUGGUAGCUGAAUUUGCGUGGAAAAUAAAAGAAGAAAAAACUGUAACAUCCGAAUACAUAUUUCCUCCACAUUUUUCUAAUGGUCGGACAUUUUUUUUUCUUAAGACUAUUGUCAGAUUAUUCUGUGCUGCUUGCAUAGUAACCGGCUAUCUUUGUUUAUAUAUGGAUUUUUUUACAGUUAAUAUUUGUUCGAUGCUCCUAUGGAGGAUGUAAUGAAAGAUUAUGAGAAGUUGGAUAAAAUUGGAGAGGGCCAAUAUGGAGUUGUAUAUAAAGCACGAAACGUUACCUCUGACGAACUAGUUGCCUUGAAAAGAAUUGCCAUCGAUGAAAGAGAUGGUGUACCAUCCACUGCUUUGCGCGAAAUUUCGUUGCUGCAAGGUCUAAAACAUGAAAAUAUUGUUAGAUUAAUUGACGUUCUUUUCGUGGAAGCUCGCUUCUAUAUUGUGUUUGAACUCUCUGACAUGGACUUGGGUCAGUUUAUUCGAAGGUUUAGACCAAAACUUGUUCCGCUUGAGGUUUCAAAGAGUAUUUUUAAACAGCUGAUCUCUGGUCUUUAUUUUUGUCAUUCAAGAAGAGUUUUACACAGAGAUAUCAAGCCUCAAAAUUUACUUAUCAACAAGGAUGGAGUCAUGAAGAUAGCCGAUUUUGGGUUGGCACGAGCUUUUUCUAUUCCUCUUCGGCCACUGACCAAUGAGGUUGUGACUCUGUGGUACAGACCACCGGAAGUUCUUUUCGGCGACGACUUUUACUCUAUGGGAGCUGAUGUUUGGUCGAGCGGCUGCAUCCUCGCAGAGUUGCUUCUUGGAAAAGCGCCAUUCCAGGGUGACAGUGAAAUUGGACAGAUUCAUGAGAUUUUCAAACAACUGGGCACUCCAGAGGAAUCUACUUGGCCUGGUAUUUCAAAGAAUAAACUCUUCAGAACUACUUUUCCAAAUUGGGUUCGCCAACCGACCAAAGUUUUGUACCCGGGAGUUAGCAGCGAUUCUGCUAUAAAACUCAUGGAAUCUAUUUUUGUUUAUGACCAAGAGAAGCGUGUGUCUACGAAAGACAUUCUGAACUCUUCUUUUAUUGCGGAUGCAUGUAGUAGAUUUCGGUUUAUGGUACCGAAACAGUCGGCGAAUUAUCAUUAACCUUUGAAAGGCAUUUUGUUAUUUUAAAAUGUUCUUCUAUCGUUGUGAGUUUGAAUUUUGUUGUGUUUGGUGAUAAACUGCUGUAGCAUAGGAAAUAAAUUUCUUAUUUU